AGACUGAGGGAGGAGGGUCAGGCCACAGUGUUGUGGCAGUCCGUGCAAAAGUAAAGCCACAUACAUACACAAACACACACACACAGGCGCACGUGCACACAGACGGACGGGCGCUCUCGCUGACUCUACCACACACUCGCACACAGACCCGCUGAGACCAUGGAGCAGUGGGUUUUGUCGCCGGUGGGAGCAGCAGCAGCUGUGAGCGUCGGAAUUGGGGACUUGCAUGCGUGACGAGCCAUGGAGAACAGCAUGUUUCUGGGUAAUGCGUGUCCGAGCGGUUCAGUGCCUGCUGUUGUGCGGGCUCCUCUCCCACCUGUGCAGUCCUCUCUGGGCCUGAAGCAGUUUCUCCCCUUCCCGCUGGAUGUCAGCUCCACUCUUAAUCUGCUGCCUCGGUUCAACUCUAUGGACCCAGUUCAGAAGGCUGUUCUACAUCACACGCUUGGCAUUCCGGUCUCCUCUAAAAAGAAACACGUCUCCUGCACCGUGUGCCAGCUGCGAUUUAAUUCCCAGAGCCAAGCACUGUCCCAUUACAAAGGUACCAAGCACGCCAAGAAGCUCAAAUCCCUGGAUACGCCCAAGUCCAAGGCAAAGAGCUCUGUGGUGGCAAAGGAGACUACCAGCAAGUGGCCAGGCUCUGCGGCCAGGGACGCCACCACCGCCAAGGAGCCCCCCAAGAGCCUCCGUCCCACUGCCCCCCCACAGCCAGGCACGGACAGGGAAGAAGAUAGUCCCCAUGUGCUCCUGCAUCCCACGUCCCCGCCCUUAGCCCCACAGAUCCUUGUGGAGGCUGAGUCUACCUCAGCGGCGGCAGCAAGUGAACAGGGCUCAGGCCUCGCCCCUGGUGCACCCCAGCCCGCGGAACAGGACACAGAGACCGAUCCCGAGGCGGAGACAGAGGAGGAGAAGGCCCUGCGUCUCCUCUAUUGCUCCCUCUGCAAGGUGGCUGUCAACUCGCCAUCCCAGCUGGAAGCUCACAAUAGUGGCACCAAGCACAAGACCAUGCUGGAGGCUCGGAACGGCAACGGCUCCAUCAAGUCGUUCCCCAGGCCAGGUGUGAAGAGCAAGCUGACGACAUCGACGGCUGCAGCCACGGGCUUGCAGAACAAGACGUUCCACUGUGAGACAUGUGACGUGCAUGUGAACUCGGAGACGCAGCUCAAACAGCAUAUCAGCAGCCGGCGUCACAAAGACAGAGCAGCAGGGAAGCCAGCCAAGCCGAAGUACAGCCCGUAUGCCAAGACCCAAAGAGGACAAACCAAGCAGCAAACGCAGCUGAAAGUUCCUCUGAGCAAGGACCUGUGCCAGCCGUUGCAGGCCACGCUAGUGCCCUCCCACUUGGCAGCAGUGGCCACAGCAGCCGCUGUAGGCCCCACCUUCCCCCUGCGUGCCAGCCAUAGCCCCUCCCUCUUUCAAACACAGCCCCUCCCCACAGCCCUUCUUCGGGCUGCCCCCGGGCCAAUUAGGACCACCCACGCGCCAGUACUGUUUGCUCCCUACUGACCUCUGAACUGUGACCUCUGACACAUCAGCUGCACCGUCUCAGCCUUUGUGAUACUUCGGUCUGGUUGCAUAUGGAUGCUGGCCUUGGCUCUUUUCCUCCCCAGUGUUACAGAAGAGUCCUGUGUGGACCUGAUGUGUGAUACUAUACCGCAAUAAGUCAAGAGACAAACCAGGUAACUAUGCAUUGUCAGCACCACAUGACACACUGAUUUAAGCUAUAAAUGUGUUUAGGGGUAAAAUGUCUUUUUUAUUUUAGUGUAGUGUGUUAUUGAUGUGUCAUUGCUUCUGAGAAACUGAUGUUUUCUGUAUUAAAAGAAAGGCUGAAAAUAGUCUGGGAAAAAAAAUAAGUUCUACUGCUCUGCUGUUUGCACUUUAAGCCCCCUGUAUAUGUCUGCAGCGCGUUAGAUGGCUAGACCAUGUCUUAUUCCUUUCUGUCUGUAUAGUUUUUAUGUUUCGUGUGU